AUGAUUUCGAUUGGCCUCCUCAGCCUUGCCGCCAUACUUCACGUGGUGGCCUGCUCCACACAGAUGCCUUCUUUAACCCUUUGCCCCGGUGAACAUGACCCGACCAUACACAUCACGAACAUCACCAUCACAAACGCGAAACUUGGCGAGAAGAUGAAUAUUGACGCAGCCUUCGACAUCACGGAGCAACUCGACUCUGACCCUGUCCUCUAUGUGUCCUUCGCGCGACCCGACGGGACACAACUUUGGUGUCCCGAUUACAUAUCUGAGUGCGAACUGAUGCUAUGCGGCGGGACAAAAAUCGACGAGCUUCAGCUUACCAGCGAGUGGGACAACGAAUGUCCCAUUCAACCGGGCUCCUACACCGCUCACACCUCUGUUCGUCUUCUCGACAUCAGUAGUUCCGAGGAGUUCAUAGGGGAUGGAAACGUCGUGGUCACACUCAACAUAGAAAACGGCGGGAAAACAGUCGAGUGCGUGUAUUUUACCGUCUUUGUCGAAGAAUAAAUGAGCAUGUGGGUCCUCUUGCAGUGAGAGUAUCUUCAGGAUUCAUUGUCGGCGUCAGCCA